UGUCCAGCCCCGGGCGGAGCUGCCCCUCGCUCCCCUCGCUCCUGCGGGGCCGGUCUGCUGGUGACCUGGGUCGCCCUCCGGGCUGCCUUUUUCCUUUUUUUUUUUUAUCUUGUUUCCUCGAGGUUGUCUCCCCCUCCCCUCUUGUUCGUGUUGUGUGUGGAAAUGGCGAACUCGGCAAAUACAAAUACCGUGCCUAAAUUAUACAGAUCUGUGAUUGAAGAUGUUAUUAAUGAUGUGAGAGACAUCUUUUUGGAUGAUGGAGUGGAUGAACAAGUCCUCAUGGAACUAAAAACUUUAUGGGAGAAUAAACUAAUGCAGUCUAGGGCAGUCGAUGGAUUUCAUUCAGAAGAGCAGCAGCUUUUAUUGCAAGUUCAACAGCAGCAUCAACCCCAGCAGCAGCAGCAUCACCACCACCACCACCAUCAGCAAGCUCAACCUCAGCAAACAGUACCUCAGCAAGCACAGACCCAGCAAGUCCUUAUUCCUGCAUCACAGCAAGCCACAGCACCACAAGUUAUUGUUCCUGAUUCUAAACUGAUACAGCAUAUGAAUGCAUCAAGCAUGAGUGCUGCUGCUACAGCUGCUACCUUAGCACUGCCUGCAGGUGUGACUCCUGUUCAACAGAUAUUAACAAAUUCAGGUCAGCUUCUCCAGGUGGUCAGAGCAGCCAAUGGUGCCCAGUAUAUCUUUCAGCCUCAACAGUCAGUAGUUCUACAACAGCAGGUUAUACCACAAAUGCAGCCUGGUGGAGUUCAAGCUCCUGUUAUACAACAGGUCCUAGCUCCUCUUCCUGGAGGGAUUUCACCACAGACAGGUGUCAUCAUCCAGCCUCCACAAAUAUUAUUUACAGGAAAUAAGACUCAAGUUAUACCUACCACAGUGGCAGCACCCACACAAGCACAAGCUCAGAUAACUGCAACUGGCCAACAGCAACCACAGGCCCAGCCUACUCAGCAGCAAGCUCCAUUAGUGUUACAAGUUGAUGGAACUGGGAAUACGUCAUCUGAAGAAGAUGAAGAUGAAGAAGACUAUGAUGAUGAUGAAGAGGAAGAUAAAGAGAAAGAUGGAGCUGAAGAUGGGCAGGUGGAGGAAGAGCCCCUCAAUAGUGAAGAUGACAUGAGUGACGAGGAAGGACAGGAACUCUUUGACACAGAAAAUGUUGUUGUAUGCCAAUAUGAUAAGAUACACAGAAGUAAAAAUAAAUGGAAAUUUCAUCUCAAGGAUGGCAUCAUGAAUCUUAAUGGAAGAGAUUAUAUAUUUUCCAAAGCCAUUGGAGAUGCAGAAUGGUGAAGAGUUGUUUCUUUUCUUUUAUAAAUAAAACAAAAGAAACUUAAAAAAAUUUAAAGUGGACGGUUUGAAACUUGGACAUAUAUCAACCAAAACUUCACUUCUGCAUGUCCGCAAAGUGCAGUAGAAACAAAGCUACUGGAACAAAGAUAGACCUUGAUGACAUAGACACUACUUCU